GGGCAGGGGCCGCGGCGGACCGAGCCGCGUCCGGGCAGGCGGGCAGGCCGGCCGGGGGACGGAGGACGAGCGAGGCCCGCCCGCCCGCGUCGCGCUGGCGCCGGGCGACCCGGCCGAGAUGCCGGUGCGCAGCUCCUGCCGCUGCCCGCCGGAGCCGGCCCCGGGAGCCGCCGCCGCCGCCCGCCUGGAGCCGCCGCCGCCCAUCAACACGGCGCAGCCCGGCGUGAGCACCAGCCGCCUCUACAGCGGCGCCAAGUUCCGCGGGCAGCAGCGCUCCAAGGGCAACGCCUACGAGGUGGAGGUGGUCGUGCAGCAUGUUGACAUGGAUAACUCCUAUCUCUGUGGAUACUUGAAGAUUAAAGGCCUUACUGAGGAGUAUCCAACACUUACUACUUUCUUUGAAGGGGAAAUAAUCAGUAAAAAGCAUCCAUUUUUAACCCGGAAGUGGGACGCAGAUGAAGAUGUGGAUCGUAAACAUUGGGGGAAGUUCCCAGCAUUUUACCAGUUUGCAAAGACAUUUAACUCUGAUGAUUUUGAUUAUGAGGAUCUGAAGAACGAUGAUUUUGUCUUCAUGAGGUGGAAGGAGCAGUUCCUAGUCCCAGAUCACACCAUUAAAGACAUCAGCGGGGCAUCCUUUGCUGGGUUUUAUUACAUAUGCUUCCAGAAAUCUGCAGCAUCUAUAGAGGGCUAUUACUAUCACAGGAGUUCAGAAUGGUAUCAAUCUCUGAAUUUGACCCAUGUCCCCGAGUACAGUGCGCCCAUUUAUGAGUUCCGGUGACAGGGAUGCCAAGAGCUUCACCAAGAGAUGGCCAGAGAGGCCGGGGGGUGGGGAGAGAGAAGGCGAGUGCAAGGGCGCCUGUUCUAUUCAGACCGCGGGGAUGUCUCAGCCAGGACAGAAGACACCAGGCUCCCCUCUUGUCGGGCAACUGGACCGGCCCGAAAGCACGAAUGGGAAUCCACGGGACUGCCGGAGCCUGAUCCUUCUUCCAGCUGCGCGGCCAACUUGACCCUGUAGCCUGGUUCAACCGCUACCACUCAACGCCCUUUUCUUGCAGAGCUCGCCUCUCGCGAUCACUGACAGUCCUCUCCCUCCGUUCGUUUUGGGUGGAGGCAACGCCUGCGUCUCCCCAGAUGUCCUUGGAGUAGAAGAAAACAUAAGUUGCCCCCUGCUCAUGUUGCUUCCUACUUGGCUUGGCGUAGCAGUUCCUCCAGAGUGGGUCCUGUCUGGUCUAAGCACUACUUGAGGCUUGUGCAUCUGGCCCACAGCUGCGGUGUUUUGUUUGCUAAGGAAACCGUUGGCUGAAGGAAGGAGGGCCUGUGCGGGGGCGGGAAUCCCCUCCUGUUGGCUUACAAGGCUGCCUUUCUCAGGAAUGUUAGUCAGUCCCAGCAGCAUGAGCUUAGUGCAACCUGCAAUAGUGGGAAAUCUAAUUAUGCCGAUGCAGAAUUCACAACAUUAAACGGAAAAUGUUUAAGGACUUCUUUAAAGAGCUAUUUUUAUGGCCCACUUCCUCACCGCUGUCUCAGAGACUGUGUGGUAUGUGCACAAAUUAUUCUUCAUUAUAUUUUACCAUGGCUGCUUACUUUUUUUUCCCUCCUCCUCCUGGUGAAAAUAAGUGCAAGCUCACGUUGGUUGAUGGUGGUGAGCUCUCUAAUUAUCCAGCAGUGUUGCCGCCCACUCAUCACGGAGGAAGCACUUGGCGGCAGUGUGAAAAUUGAACUUCUGACGCGCGCUCCAGGUUUGCGCUGCAGAAAACAAUGGAUGUUUGCUAGGACUUUAUCAGACCAAAAAAAAAAAGCCUCCUCCCCACCCACCCCAAAAUAAACUGGUCUCCUAAGACUUUGAAAUGUUCAAUGACUUAAGGCUUCUGUGCCAAAUGUCGUGCAUGUGUGGUAGUAUAAAAGUGGCUGUCCUGUUCAAUGUGGCCUCAAGAGGCUUCUGCAACCUGCUUGUCUGCAUCCUUGAUGGGGGGGGGAAACCGUUCUGCCGCUUGGGUUUUCAGGGCAAGAACGUGAUGCAGCCUGUGAGCUGGGCGUGCUGCUCCCCUUGCUUUCUUGCAACAAAAUGCUCCCCCUCCCUGAAGAUCCUUCUGUCUGCUUCCGCAGGUGCCUUGGACUUUGCAGUGUUUGGCAAUGGAGGGGGGCAGAAUGCUCCCAGUGGCCAAAGAUUGGGUUGCGGGUGGGAUCUGGAGCUCAGCCUCCUGUGUGGCAGGAUCAGAAGCAUUCAUAGUGGCUUGAUUUUUUGAAAAUUGACAGGUAAUUGGGGCUGAAAAAGAACUUUUCUCUGUCUACAGCACUGCGCGUGCCAGUCUUGGGGGUGGGGGGGAUAAAAAGCACAGGUGGUGCUGUUGAGGUAUGGAAUUUGGUUCCCAGUCUUAGCUUCCUUUGAUGGCGGGGUCAAAAAGCGUCAGUUCAGAAAGAAGAGAGGUCGCUGGAAAAAGGAUUUAAGAGGUUGGCAAUGGCAGGCCAGGAUAGAGUUUGCCUCUGCAGAUCUUUGUUCUUCCUGAUAGUGAGCAAAGCUGGAAUAAAUUAUGCAAAAGAUAAAACUGUGUUCAGGCUGGCUCAUUUGACCCCUAGAUUGCAGUGUCCUGCUUUCCUUGAUUCAGAAUUUGGUGUGUUAAGACAUUUUAAAAGAAUGCCCGCAGGCCUCCUCUUUAUCCUUUAGCCCAAGGUAGCUGAGCAUUUUAGCGAGGGCCCUUGGCUUCCCUUUUCCAUGGUGUAGACCAGGUUGCUCAUUAAUGAGCACUGGCAUUGGCAGUUUGACCUCCAUCUUGCCCAUUGCAGAGGCCUAACUUUGCUCGGCAGGAGCGUGUGAAUCUCAGCAAGAACAUGCCUCCUCCAAGCCGAGCAUUCCCAUUAGUCAUGCAAGAAACCCAUUUGGCCUGCGGGCAAUAUAUUUGUGCCCAGUCACAAAAAGUCAAGAGCACCCUGAGGAAUGCCCAAAGUCCUUCCUCCUUUUAAACCACAGCUUCCUCCCUUCAACUUCUCUGGCCCUAUUUCUGGGCAAAUGGGUGUCUUGCGGAGAGGUAGCUGUGCCUGUAAUUGGACUGGCAUUAUACCUGCCUUUCCCAGGUGGGCGAGUUACAACUUGCCUAUAACCUUUUGAGCACAGGGGAAACAAAAUGGGUCAGAGGGUCACAGCUUGCCUGGGAAAGAUGAUGCUUUCUUCAGCUUGAGCUAAAGGAUUUCCUGGAGCCACUCCGGCUGGUGAUGCUUAGCAGCAAAACUUAAAGAAUUGAACUUCUGUGGUAGAGGCGUCCUAUAAAAGCUCUAGCCAGGAAGGAUUGAGAAUUUACAGGGAGGGUGGUGCUUCUGCUCUUGGUAACACACAGGAAGAAACCAAAUGUGCGAGUGAGGCUACCUGAGGCCCUCUGGCCCCAAAUUGAGACGCAUUGGAGGGCAAAUGCUUGGUCACUCUCCCUGCUAGGCAUCCAUGUUUUUUCCCCAGUCCACUGUACCGCAAUAUCAAAAGCCACCAUAAGGUAAUGCUGCCCUGAUUGUGGGCAGGAUUCAAGAAAUGGAAUGUCUAGUUUCACGCACCCUGGAGAGCUUUGGGGUGAUGUCUUUCAGGCACAGUCUUUUAUGAUUGACAUGAAAGCGGUUUUUCGACUAAGGGAGUAAAAUCGUACUAAUGGCAUUAGUGGCAGAGGGGAACGUGUUCUCAGAGCUCCACCUGAGGGAAACCUGUACAGGUCUCCAGCUGGGCUUGAAGUUAGUGUGGCUCAAGGACUGUAUGACAUCCUUUCCAACUUCAGGUUGAGGUGUAUUUUGAAACCGAACCCCUCUCAGGAUAAUGUAUUUCUAAGUCUACCCACUGAAAAUGCCAGGGGCCUUUGCACUAGUGCCCAGGCUGCUUUGUGAGGUUCUUUAUUGUGCAGUGGGACACCUCAUAGCAGGAAUUUAUCAGGGUUCUGUCCGUCAUUGGGGAGAUUUGAAUAAGUUGGAGCAAACAAGGCAAAAUCGGGUUGGAGGUGACAGAAUUUCCAGUCUCGUUAAGCUGUUGAUGUGACAUUCAGAGAGGACUGCUUAUUUUUGGCAUAUAGCCCUGAUUUGGUACAUGCUUCUAUACACUAUUUCUAACCGAUGCUUGCACUUGAGAUAAAAUAGGUGGGAAUUAAAUUGGUGGUGGGGGGGCAGUAACUUUUCUUUUGAAAAUAGCUUUUUCCCCCCUUCGAGGCUUGUCUUUAAUUCUCUCCUGCUCCAUUCAACUGAAGGGCAGUUGCCUCUGGGUUUGGUGAGAAAACGGGACGAAGCUUGUCAAAGAGUGGCUUCAAAGGUGGGAUCUUCCAACAUGUAUGGAAAGGAUUUUAUAAAGUUAAUCAGAGUAUUAAAGAGUAUUUAUAGAUGAAUUGCAGAAAAGAGACUGUUUUUUUUUUCCAGAGUUAUCAGUGUCCCAAAUAAAAGAAUGUGUAUUUAAAGAA